AUGGAGAGGCGCACGACGCGAGAAGGCUAUCGGGAUUGGCCGCUGCGUUUCUGGGAGAUGGGAAGGCCAAAAAAGGCUGAGAAGUCAAAGCCAUCCAAAAGGCCAAUGGAGGAACCAGGAAGGUCAGCCACUCUAGAUACUGUCGAAGUGGUUCCUCAGGAAAAUGAAACCGUGCCAAAAACUCAGCAGGCAACAAGGGAGGGUGAACAUUUGAAUGAGUUGGAGAAUGAAGAGAAGAAGAAUGGCAGAGGUCCUGGAAUAGGGGUGAAGCCUGGACAUGGCCUUCACCUUGAGAUACAUGACAACCGGAGCGUCACACCACAGGCUUCCCAUGAACUCACUGCUAUCUUCAAAAGGGGCAUCACUGGUCCAUGGAUUAAGUUCUCGGAGUACCCUGCUUCUGCUUUGCAGACCGUGAUUUCUCGUUUCAAGGAAUCUGGGUUCACAUGCUCUCUUCCAGAAGAAGAACUCAAUGUUCAUCUCAAGGAACACAUCAAGAGGAACUUUUCCCAGUGGAUGUAUGGGUUCCGCAACCGAGUCUUCAAUCAAUAUCGUACCCUUGCUGAAAGGAUUAACAAUCCACCUACUGAAAUCCCUGCUCAUAUUUGGAGGGAAAUGGUUAACAAGUGGAGUGAUCCAAACUGGAAGAGCACCAGUGAUAAGAACAAAGCCAAUCGCUUGAUUAGAUCAAGAAGACGGGAAAAGAACCAGAUCCUAUAG